CCAGUUUGAGUAGCAGUGCAUGGUCGGCUCUGUCGACACUCCUAUAAGGUUAUCAUCCCGCGCCAGAUGAUAGCACUUGCGCCUCAAAUCGAUGACCAAGACAGCCAUUUCCACGAUGGCUGGGAAUGAGAAAUCUAGAUUUCUGUUUGUGGUCUCGACUCCCCGGCAGCUCGAUCAGGGCUCCUUGAAGAAAAAUCAGGCCGCCGCCAGAGCCCAUGCUGCUAAAGUCUCUCACCCAUCGACUCGAGCACAAUCCAGCUCAAAACAGCAGCAAUCAGGGCAUCAAGUCUUUGCUUUAAAGAGCCCCCUCGAAGACCCGUCGGCUUCCAGCGAUCGUGAACUUGAUGAACAGUAUCUAGCAGCCUCUGUCUCGACAGACAGACCAGCUAUCCCCCCAACUUCGAGAGCACAACCUUCCUUUCGCCAAAGCAGAUCACGAACCGUACGAGCUCACCCGAAACCUCGACGUCUUCGUGCUUCGCGUCAGCCAGGUGGUAGACCUCGAGAAAAUAAACCGGAUCCUAGAGCUGCAAAACCAUGUCCUCCAGCUUUGAGCGUCGAUCCGCUAUAUUGGCUCCCAUACGAUAAAGAUGAAAACGCAUACCAGGCCGUGGAUUACUUCGCCAAUAUCGCAGCACCUGCCCUUCGUCCUGUCUACGAAAUAUUCAACAUCACCAGUGUCUAUACUUCGCUAUUCCUCGAGUGCAUUACCGACAGCGAAAGCUUUUAUCAUGCAGGUGUUGCCAGGCUGUGCGCCACUGCGGACCUGUUAAGAAAUCCUAGAAGCAAGCCUGCCUUGUCAGUUCUGUUACAUCAAGCAAAAGCAAUUACCCACCUUCGGCAUGAGAUUGAGAGGGCAACACAACCCACCAAUAUGAUGUUGGCUACCAUUCUGUUUCUCAUUGCUAUCGAUAUAGCAAUUGGUCAGGGGUCAUCAGCAGACAUGCACCGAAUUAAUCUUGCUCGGUUGGUAAAGGCUCGGGGAGGGUUGGACGCCCUUGGCCGCGACGGUUUCGAAAAGGCGACAUUUAUGCAGUUCGACAACAUGUAUGCUCUCGAGCGAGGGCCGAGCAUUCUCGUGUCUUUACAACGCUACCGACCCAGAUAUCCUCCGUUCCCCCUUUCGCCGCGGCUUAUAAAGAUUAUCAGCGCUUUCCCAGACGGCUUCCGAUGCUUAGUCCAUCACCGCCUGCUGCCCCUCGACGUGAUCGAGCUACUCUUUCGCAUCAGCGCCACCGUUCGUCGUUGUGCCGACAGCAACACCUACGUGCCUUUCAAUACAGCUGAAAACCCUUUCCAUUCGAAGCGCCGCAAAUACGACUCUUUCAGCGACGCGUGCCCUUGGCUUUUUGCACCUGAGGAUAAGGUGCACCCCUUGCUCAAACCUUUGACCAUGGCCAUGGUUCUCUGGUGCUGCAAUGCAUACUCCACGAUCCGCGCCUCCACUGUCGUAUAUGCUGGCUUUCUCCGCGCUCUGACGAUGCUCCUGUUGCGGUCACCCAUCAUGCCGAUGCCUCCUACAGGUUCGCAAACAGAUUUCGUGGUAGCUGCUGACGAAGAGGAUUGCACAAUAUGGAUUUGGAUGGUGGCUCUAGAUUCUUGGAUGCCAGAUGGGGCCAGGAAUUUACAUCCUUUGGGGAAAGGGCUAUUUGCACGUUUCAAAGCCCGCUUUCCGCAAGCGGCAGCCGACCUUGACGUUCGCGAUGCCGUACUGAGGAGGUUUUUUUGGACCAAUGAUCUCAGGACCAGAGUGAAGACACUAUGGAACGAGACAGCAGACUCAGCGAAGAGUCCACACUCGUGACAAGAACAUCUUCUAGCGUCCCUUUGCGACAACAACGAGGGUGAAGGGGCAGAGGCAUGUUCUACAUGAGACUGAAGCAUAACAGUGAUACUUACAAACCGAUCUCGCCGACAUUUAUACCAAACGGCAAAUUAUCCAUCUUGUCUUGGCACAGAAUCUUAGGAUUUGUUGUCCGAAACCAACCCGCCUGCUUUUUCGUCCACUUCUCAGCACUGGUUUGCGCAUUGGAUAAGUUGGCCUCUAAAAGGGUCUGCAAAGGUGACAAGAUCCUGUCAGAGGUAUGUACGAUCCACCUGAACGCCCUUUAACAUUGCUCAGCACGAAAUCAUGAUUGAGCAACCGCGGAGGGGGCCAAGGUUAUUUUCUCUUUCGUUCUUUACUAUCGGUCCUGCGGCGCUUAAAUUCUAGAGAAUAUGUGACCUGCGCAUUUGGAUUCCGCGUGUAACAGGAGAUCUAUUCAAUCGGGCAGGGAUUCUGAUUUUCG